AUGCCUCCCGAAAACCUCGACAAUGUCCGCGUCUUUGUUCAAUGGCGCGACCAGACUGUCUUCGCUGGCGAGGAACUAAAGUGUACGGUAACCUUCAAAAACAUCGCGCCGUCCCCAAGUCAGCAAACGCAACAACAAUCGCAGCUCCAGCAGAAGCUCCAUGGCGAGCGUCAGCGGUUGACGGUGCCCCUGCAAUCUCGGGCCAAAAAAGGCAACGUCGGAUUGACUUCGCUCCCGUCACCAACGCCUACAAGGGGUCAUCACAGGUCGGCCUUAUCCCUCAGUGUUUCUACGACAAGCUCGCACAGCCGCUCUGGAUCGGUUCAAUGGCCCCAGAAAGUCGGUACUGGAGGCGAUUGGAAACCGGCUCAUCGACAUCAACGAUCACUAUCCAUCGUAUCCAUCGGAUCGACCAAGACUCUGGAGGAACAUGGUCCGCGCAGCGACACCACGUCGAGGCCGCCCCGACCAAAUAGAGGCCAUAAUCGUGCGGCAAGCUUGCAGAUCCCACCACAGGGCGCAUCUUCGCCUAGUCCAGGACCCCGAUCAGCGCCGUUCUUUGCUCGGCAAACAAGCACCCCCCUGUUCAACGAAUCAUACCCGCCCAACAGAUUUGGCCGUCACGCGGGCGCCUCGACUGUACCAAACACACCAGGACUUGAGGGUCAGAGAAGGUUGCCCAAGUCGCCACCGAGCCCUCAACUGCUGGACUUUAGUUUUCUAGCUUCCGACGUAGCCGAAGCCGAACAAGUGUACAACAACUUGGGCUCGAGUCAAACUGAUGGGCUCCCCAACCCUAGGAGGGAAAGUACUGCCGAUAACCAUAAUCUCAACGUGCGAUCGAAAGAACAGUCGUCAAGCUUAACCGAGCGGCCUGCACCUCGAAUCCUGGCUAGCAAUACGGCACCCGGGGGCACACCACGAAGCAGCGGGGAGUUUUACUCCAUAAGUAACAACUCGUCCGAAACCCUCGUGUCCGAGUAUGUAGCUCAGCCGUUGAUGCGGAGCAAUGGAGGGCCACCUCACCUGAGGCGUAGUUCCGGCAUGGCCUUUGCGCCGCAAAAGAACACUCCAGAAUCGUUGAUGAUGGGCUAUGCUCAGAUUCAGGGAUCCUUCACCCUGGAUGGUUCGUUGGUCAGCUUGGGACCUUUUGAGCAGGUCAAGAAGAAGGCUGUCGUGAGCGGCCGAGGAGGUGGCGUCAUUGGUGUCAAACCCGCCAAGCGGGACACUGGUCUACUAAGAGGGUUGGGCUGGGGGAAAAUCGGCUACUCUCUGGGAGACUUACUCGGCGGUGGAGAGCUGAGCACGAUCAAGGAGAUACGCAGUGCGGCCAGUUCGAAAUCCAUUCCCUUGCUUAGCACGCCGCAGUCUAUUCUCUUUGUGGACCUGCAGUUGGCGGCCGGCGAAAGUCGAUCUUACGAAUACACCUUUCGCCUGCCAAAGGGGCUACCUCCAACCCAUAAAGGGAAGACCAUCAAGAUUUCGUACAGCCUCAUCAUCGGCACGCAGCGAGCUGGUGGCGCCAAGGAGCAACAAGUUCGUUCUGUCGACAUACCCUUUAGGGUCUUGGGGAGCGUGAACAGUCAUGGCGAUAUCCUCGGACAUGACCUCAUGAACCCAUAUGUUAUGCUGCGGGAUAUGGCGGAAGUCAAGAGCCUAGGGAAGCCCAAGAAGGCACACAGAUCAAAGGCGUCUUUUGGCCCACCGACGACCAUGAAUGAGUUUCUGAGCUACGUUGAUGACCUCGCGACGAGACCUCGCAGCUCCCCGGGUGCCGCGUUGCUGUCGCCAACAGAGCCGGACUCGUCGAGGAGACCAUCCAGUUACGAGGAGGCUGCCACAACAGCGAAAGAAGCGGUACAUUUAGCCAUUAUGAGAAGCAACGUGGCCGGCGACGGACAGCAAAGCGCCAACCGGUUUGAGAUUGCCCGGAACGGGCAGCGCGUCGGCGUGGUAAUGCUUACUCGGCCUGCUUUUAGGCUGGGGGAGGUGGUGACCAUGGCUGUCGACUUUACCGGCGCAGACAUUCCUUGCUACGCGGUGCAUGCGACUCUAGAGACGACGGAGAAGGUGGACGCCUCAUUGGCGGUGAGGUCGGAGACGAGCCUGCAGCGCGUCACGAGGAAAGUCUACGUCACGUCCUCCGAGGCCACCAUGUUCUCGCGCCGAAUCGUCUUCACGCCGACGAUUCCUAUUUCCGCCACUCCCGAGUUCGUCACGAGCGGAGUCCACCUCGAGUGGAAGAUACGCGUCGAGUUUGUGGUUCCCUACCAGGGCUCCGGCAGUUCCAAAAGCGGCGAUUUGCCGGUCCCGCACCCACUGCUGGAGCAAAUCUCGGAAGACGAGAAAGGCGGGCUCGUGCUCGUGGCCAUGGAGACGCUGGCCUGCGAGAGUUUUGACGUGUCGGUGCCGCUGCGCGUCUAUGGUGCGGUAGGCAACGGAUUGGAGAGGUUGGAAAGAGACGAGGCUUCGGAAGAGGGACUGCCGGUGUAG